AUGGGGCUGGCAUCGCCUCCAUCUAAUAAGGUAGAGGGGGCGGGGCGGGAACAGGAGGUAGGUGGGGCUUAUCGGAAGGCACAGGGGGCCUCUCCAGAUGAGUGCAGUGUGUCUUUGGAGAAGGAGAGAGAGAAGGUCCUUGCCGAGGGCCACAGCAGCGAGAGUGAAAAGACCCGGGACGCCAGCCCCAGGAGGUCCCCGGAGAGGCACCCUGGGGGCGGCAAGCGGCCCAGAUCCAGGUCCCCAGGAGACCAGCCCCCUCCACUUCGCAAACACCUCGUGACCUCCCUGCGCACCAUGUCCGAGGCCAUUUGUCAGAACAUGCUGCAGGUGUACCACCAGCAGGGACAUUCGCCCCCGACCCGGGAGCAGCUGGCCCAGCUCCGGGGGCCCCUGUUCGCGGCCGUGCACACCUUCUACGCCAUGGCCAACCAGGCGGCCUAUGUCUUCCCCGCUGACAGCUGGCUCGUCCCAACCCCACUGCCAGAGCCCCAGGGUCCAGCUAAGGAUGGAGGGGAAGCUCAGGGCUGCAAGGACAGUCCAUCUCGGCCCCAGACAGCCUGUCAGUGAAUCAGACUGCGCUUGAUCUGCCCCAAGGGGACCCAGCCUUAUUCGGCAGAGAGCUCAGCUCUGAGCGCGAGAGCCAAGCCCUGCUGCUUCUCAGAUUCUCUCAGACCAGGGGGCAGCGCCGAUUCUCCCCAGCGCGUUCAUUGGGAACGUGAGACCCCGGGGCGGACCUCGCAAAGGCGCUUAAAAGCUUGACUCAGAAUGGUGAGAUCUGGGUUUCCCCGAGGACGAAGUUUACAAAGUUUGUCAUUCCUGUUAGGCAAUGUAUGCACUUGGAGUAUCUUGGCAGUCACCUGGGUGCAUCCAGCCCCUGGCCCCCACCUCGCGGGACGGCUCCCACCGAGGUGCUGGUUCUACAGCGGCGUUAUUUUAGAGUGAGCAAAGCUCAGCUUUAUUUUAUCGUGAGAACAACCUUCCGGGGGCACUUCCUGUGUAUUUGCAUAUUUUCAAGUGGAGCCGAGUCCACAGGUUACUCCCUCCCCCUUUUCCUGAUGCAAAGGCUGUGGGUCUUCCCUCCUUCACCCCCAGUCCUGGGAGGAAGGCUGUCCACACACCCAGAAGGACGGUCAGUGUGGAAAAAGGUUUCUCUUCUUCGGUUGGAUGAAUUUAUGAUGACGUCAUCGUGUCGCUUUGAUUGGCUUUUUACUGACUUGAUAGAAAACCCAAGUCAAAUCCAUGCAAUGCUUUUUGACCGUAUAUAUGUAUUCUUCGCGUGGCUCACCUUAUGGACCUCCUUUUAAAUUUUCGUCUCGUUUAUAGAUUUCAGUGUGUGGUAUUUUACUAGAGCGUGUUAAUAUAGAUAUUGUCAUUGGUGUUUUACAUAUUGAUAAA